AUGGUCAAGCCAGACGUGAAUAGGGAUUAUUACUUGGACCUGGGUCUGACGGCCACCGCGAAUGAGGAAGACAUCAAGAAGCAGUACAGGAAAUUAGCCCGCAAGUUCCAUCCCGAUCGAAAUCCAGGUCGGGAGCACGAGUUUAAGCCCAAAUUCCAGGCUAUCCAAGCAGCUCACGAAAUUCUCAGUGACCCCCAACAGCGCAGAAAAUAUGAUAUAGAUCGACUACAAGCUGGCUACGGCAACCGUUAUGGUCCACCCAAGCCGGACACACCCCGGAGAACGCCUGCCAACCCUUACGCCUCCGCAACCCCCCCGAAGGCUCAGACCUCCAGACAACCGUUCUCGGGUCGCCCACAGUCUUCUCAUAGUGCGUACUCCACCGGUACUCAGAGUUAUGCGAACUACUGGAGAUCCGGUCCCAAGCCACCGUGGGAGAAGACGUACGGUGCAGGACGGACCGGGGCUGACGCAUAUCGACGGUUUCAGGGGACAUGGGGAAACUCCACAACAGGAUGGUCUCGCUUUAAUCCACGUACUGCGAGAGCAGGAUAUACGGAUUCUGUGCCUAGACCGAAUGCAACACCUACGGGGCAACCCACUAGACCGAAAACCGCCUAUGAGUAUUUCAAGAAACCCACCGACCAGUCAUCCCGCACACAGUCUACACCGAAGAAGCAUGGUUUCGCUCCCCGGUCUGCUAGUGGUGACGAACCCAUGGCUGCAAACACAUCGUCCUACACCACUGUACCCCGAAGAGAGCGCUUUCAAGCGCUUGACGACUAUCAAAGGGAAGGCGCGCCCACUACAACGACCGAGAAACCCGCGGCACCGUCCGGCUGUGGAACCGAAAACACUAGAGAACCUAAUUCUAAACAAACGGGCGGUAAGAAUGCCGGUACAGAUGGCGAUAGGGCGUCCUUCUCGGAAUCGGGGCAUCAUUCCGAUGAUUCGUAUCAUGAACUACCGGAUACUGACUGGCACAUUCAGAUUCCUCAAAGCAGCCAACAUCAGAUCCGUAUGAGACUCUCGCCUUCGAUCUCUAUAAUGCACCCUGAGGCUGACACUUCCAACUGCAGCAAUCUGACACCAAAUGUUGGCCAAGCCCCAAUAAACGGAACCUUCAAGCGUAGGAGUCGCGACGAUUUGCGCAAAGCAUUCACUGCUGAGGACUGGAGAGGCGAUUUUGAGUAUGGAUCAUUUACAUCACCCGCGACAGAGAAUGACCGACCGGAUACCGACCAGAGUCUGAACAGCCAUGGGCGAGCCUCGGCAAGAGCGAGUACUUCAAGACCUGGCCAGCCAGAUCUAUUCGGCCAGGGUUUGUCUAGGUCGCCAUCCGUUUCGUGGCAGCCGCACAGAGCAUUUCCUAAGGCAAAGUUUUCAUUGCAGGAGUGGGCUGACGCCUUCAAGAGCUGGCUGGUGUUCAUAGCGCAGCACGAGGCCCCUCAGCAAGAGAAUGCUCAGCGCCCACGAGGCUCUAGCAAGAGGGCCAAACCACGAUAUCGGGCGCUGCGAACUACACCGCAACCUGCCAGUGUUGCAACAGAAGCUGAGGAGGUGCAGAAUACUAUCAGAGGUAGCAUAGUCCAAGAGGCAACAGGUGGAGAUCCUGGGGAUGUGGAAGCCAUGGACCUCGAUUAG